UGCGCCCCUCCCUGCCGCGCCCGGUGGCUCCGGUAGCGCCACGCGGAGCCGGUCCCGGCCCCGGGAGCCCUGGCCCGGCCCGGCCUGGCCCGGCCCGGUCCGGUCUGGUCUGCUGCCGGCACCUCCCCGGCGCGGCCCGGCUCCGGGAGACCCUCCGGGCGCGGCAUCCUCCCCCUCGGCAUCCCCCCGGUAUUCCCGCCCCGGGCCCGUGGUCUCUGGGGUUGCCUCUGGCCCGGAGCCCGCCGGUGCCCCAGCAUCGCCCCCCCCCCCCCCCCCCCCCCGUUAGGCCCCGGCACCCCCCGAUCCCCAGAGCCCGCCCCGGUCCUUGGGUCUGUCCCCUGCCCCUACGAUCUCCCGGUGCUUCCGGUCCUUGGUGCCUCCGUGCCGGUGCCCAUGGAGUCGCAGUGCGAUUACUUCAUGUACUUCCCGGCGGUGCCGUUCGCGGCCCGGGAGCUGCUGUCGGGGGAACCGGGCCGAUACCGGGCGUUGCCCCGCCGCAACCACCUCUACCUGGGCGAGACCGUGCGGUUCCUCCUGGUGCUCCGUUGCCGCCCCGGUAGCGGCGGCGGUACCGGGCCGGGUCGGCCACCCUGGGCCGAGCUGGCUGCCUCGCUGGCCGCCCUGGCCAGCGUCAGCCCCGGCGGCACGGAGACCGGCGGGGACCGGGACGGGGACCCAGACGGUACCGGGAGCGGGUCCUCUCCGGAGCCCACCGUCUUCCGGGACUGCCGGGCGCUGCUGACACACAGCCAGGGCCCCCCAGGGCGCCCUGCCUCCGGGAUACCGGUGGAGGACCCCAUUGUGUCCACGGACGAGGUCAUCUUCCCCCUGACCAUCUCCCUCGACAAGCUGCCACCUGGCACAGUCAAGGCCAAGAUUGUGGUGACGGUGUGGAAAAGGGACACAGAGCCACCGGAGCUGCAGGAGGGCGGCGGGUACCUAAACCUGCUGCAGACGCGGGCACCUGCACACGUUUUCCGCCAGGAGCAGGGGGCCUUCAAGGCGCAGGUGAGCACCCUGCUGACCGUGCUGCCCCCGCCCGUGGUGCGAUGCCGCCAGCUCACCGUGUCCGGGAAGUACCUCACCGUGCUCAAAGUGCUCAACGGCUGGUCCCAGGAGGAGAUCUCGCUGUGGGAUGUGCAGAUCCUGCCUAACUUCAACGCCAGUUACUUGCCCGUCAUGCCCGAUGGCUCCGUGCUACUGGUUGAUGAUGUCUGCCACCACUCGGGCGAGGUGCCCGUGGGUGCCUUCUGCCGCGUGGCCGGUGCCGGCUCGGCCUGUCCCUGCGCCCUCAGCGCCCUUGAGGAGCACAACUUCCUCUUCCAGCUCCAGGCACCUGAGAGGCCCCCUGAGGAUGCCAAGGAGGGCUUGGAGGUCCCGUUGGUGGCCGUGAUCCAGUGGUCGACGCCAAAACUGCCCUUCACCCGCAGCAUCUACACGCAUUACCGGCUGCCAAGCAUCCGCCUGGAGCGGCCACGUUUCGUGAUGACGGCUGCCUGCGAUUCCCCCGUGCGAGCCCGGCAACGUUUCACCGUCACCUACACGCUGCUCAACGACCUGCAGGAUUUCUUGGCCGUACGCCUUGUCUGGACGCCUGAGACUGCCACGGCCGGGAAGAAGCUCUCCGGGGAUGAACGUCGGGCCACGCAGGCGGCACUGGAUGCCAUCGUGUGCCACACGCCGCUCAACAACCUGGGCUACUCGCGCAAGGGCAGCGCCCUCACCAUCCGCGUGGCCUUCCAGGCUCUGCGGGCCGGACUCUUCGAGCUGUCCCAGCACAUGAAGCUGAAGCUGCAGUUCACGGCCAGCGUGGCAAACCCACCUCCUGAAGCUCGGCCUGUGUCACGGAAGAGCAGCCCCAGCAGCCCGGCCGUGCGGGAUCUGGUGGAGCGGCACCAGGCCGGGCUGGGUCGGUCCCAGUCCUUCUCCCAUCAGCAGCCAUCCCGCAGCCACCUCAUGAGGUCAGGCAGCGUGAUGGAGCGCCGUGCCAUCACCCCGCCGGUGGGGUCCCCUGUGGGGCGUCCCCUCUACCUGCCCCCUGAGAAGACGGUGCUGUCCCUGGAUAAGAUCGCCAAGCGGGAGUGCAAGGUGCUGGUCGUGGAGCCCGUCAAGUGACGGGGGGGGACGACCUUGGGGACAACGGGAAUGGACAAGUCCUGCUUCGUCCUGGAGGGGGACGAGCUUUCGGGGGGGGGGGGGCUGGGGACAGGGCCGUGUCCCCGCACCCCAGGGGGUGAACCUGCUGCUUCACUGGGGCUGGACUGGAAGGUGCCAUGGCAGGGGGGACCAAUGGGGACAGGGGUCUGUCCCCAGCCUGGGGGUGACAAUGCUCUUGGGGACGAGGGAAGCGGGGGACAUCCUGUGGCUGUUUACACCCCUUCGGCUUCCUGCGUCGCCUUGAAUUUGGCUGCUUGAGGGGGGGAGGGAUGGGGGGAAACAAGGGACUGUGGGACCUGUCCUCAGGGCAGGGGGGACGACACUGGGACCUGUCCCCAGGACACCGAGCCAAAGGCAAGUCCUGCACUGCCAACCCCCGCAUCCUGCUGGGGACGUCACCAUCCCUCCCGCAACGGAUGGCACCUCCGCUCCCUGUUAUUUAUUUGUCUCCUCACCGGCUGCCAUCCGCGUGUGUGUGUGUGUGUGCCAAUAAAGUGCUGGCCUGGACAUGGA